GCACAGAAAAGGCCAGGGAUGAAUUGCAGCAGAUAUAGUGCUCUCGUUGAGACGCACAUGUUGUAAAAUACCUGUAGCCUACCUGUUCAUUCAUGUAACGGAUAGGGGCGUGUUUUGUACAUUCUGCUUGACAACUAGACUACUCUGGUUUUUUUGCCUCAAGUUAUCCGUCUGUUUGCAGAUACUGUAGGCUAAUCUUGGGCGUUGGUAUGGAAUGCUGAGGCUGCAAUGCAGUCAAGAGGCCCUUUCAUUCGUAAAAGAGAUUUGUUUGGUAUUUUCUGGAGAGAAAAAAUGUGACGUUACGACAGACUUCUCAGUUGCUAUAUCACAAAGAGCUUUGAAAAAAAUCACCUUCAUUUCAGUUUUGAAGAUAUUAGGCCUAUACCCGUUUUUUAUAGGCAAGAAAAUGCAUUCUGCUCAGUUAGAUUCAGUAUGGCUAAAAGAAUGAAACGUUUAACUUACAGGCCUACGGGCAGAUGUAUAUUAGUUCAAAUAAUAUAUAUUUGAAAUCGUAGAUAGCUUUGGACAUGCUUAUCGGGGCACAUCCUAUAGAGUUAUUGCAUUUUAGACCUGGUGAAGCCAGCAGCGUCUAAGACAUUCGCCUAAUCAGAGGCGGAGAACACGUAGCCUAGUGUAGUGAAAGAAGCCUACUUUUCUGGCUGCUUCCAGUCUGAUGGUGAAUUGGCUUUGCGUGUUUUUCUCUAAUUUAGGCAUAUCUGAACAGAGUUGUUUGUUAAUUGGACGCACCGGCGAAGCCCAAAGAACGAGUCUGAUUUCGUCACAGACUGAGUAGGCGGUCUGCUGCCACCGCUGUAGCGCACAGGGCCGAGUGUGGAGCUUCGCCCGCGCCUGGAGGGAGGCCACUUGAGCAUAAACACGCCUGAAGAAAUGGGCGAAACUCCUGCCGGAGAGGGCAGCACGGUGACGCGGUCGGCCGAGUACGUGGGCUCCUUCCUGGUGGAAGACUGCUGUCUGGACGAGCAGAUCCAGCGCCUGCAUGCGCAGCUGCACUCCCUGGCGACCUGCAAGAGGAGGAGGUCUGUCUCCUUGAAGUUCUCCAUUAAGGGUGUGAAGGUGUACGACGAGGACGAAACUACCCUGCUGAUGGCUCAUGCGCUGCACAGAGUGUCCCUCUCUACAGCUCGCCCGUCAGACGCCCAGUUCGCCUUUGUGUCUCACAACCCCGGCAGCCUGGAUGCACAGCUCUACUGCCACCUGUUCAAGGCCCGACAUGCGCGCGCGGCCCAGUUUCUGAAUCUACUCCUGUGCCGCUGUUUCCAGCUGUCUUACCUAGAGAAGCACCCCGAGGCAGCAGAAGGGCAGGCAGACAGGGGGGGCACCCUGCCCCCCCUGCCCCCGUCCCUCCUAAACCAGGGCUUCCCCCUCAGCGUCAGCGCUCUGGUGUCCUUCCGCAGAGCCCCCACCCAGGGGCUCCUGCCUGGAGAGAAGGUGCCCUCCAGGGCAGCUGAUGACAGGCAGAGCAGCCCAGAGGAAGGCCCCGCCCCCUCCUCUCCCACUUUGGUGCGCAAGAAGGCCAUCCGAAACAAAGUACUGCGCUCAGGGGCCUACCGGUCCUUCACCUACACCCCCCACAAACAGCGCCUCCUGCAGGACCGGCUGAACUCCCAACCAGGAAGGGCGCUGGACAACCCGCCGGUUCCCCUGUCCAAACCGCGCCCACUCAGUUUGGCGGAGACGGAGGAGGCCCUGGCAGAGGUUGUGUGGUCCUGGGCCGGAAUCUCCAGUGACAGCAGCUCAGCCCUGCUGGCAGAGGACGUUCUGGGGUCCUUCCUGUUGUGCUCUCGGACAGAAGCGCCUAGCUGUGGAUCCCUCAUCGUACGCUGCCCUUCUGGCCUUGUCACCUUCCCCAUCCGAAGCACUGCCAAAGGAAAAUACCUGCUGCAGAACUGCCACACACAAUUUGACAGCAUUGCUUCAAUAAUGGAGCACUACACUGAGAGCAGAGGGGAGCUGGAAUGCCUGCUGAGCUGUGCCCGGGUCAACCACUGCUAUGAGUGGGAGGAAAAGGCAGGAAAGUCCCAGGCUUCUGGCCUGCUGAAAGGUUCCAGUAGAUGCAAACCAAGAGAAGAGUGGGUUUAAACCACUUUCUCAUCGCUCACUAUUAGUCCGUUUAUCUUGCCAGUUAACAGAAGGUAAAGCUGAGCGAGCUGUAUUUGUAUAUUUUUGGAUCAUAUAUUUUUGGAUUGUAUAUUUUUAUUAAGACCUACCUACUUAAUUCCCAGCAAUGAGACCUGAGAAAGAAACUCAGAGAUGGGGGUGUGUGUUUGGAGCAGUUGUCUCUGGUGGGGGGAGGGGCAGGGGACUUUUUAAAACAUAGUGUGACUCCUUUACGAUGAACCUUCUGAGGGUUACAUUUGCCGUAGCACUUUAUAAAUGUUUUCAUACUUUUAUUUUUUAAUCAGUUUUUUUAAUGCCAUCCUGAAAAUGUGUUUUCACUUUUUACCAAUUCAUAUUUUUAAAACUUCAAAACAAGAGAGAUUCAUUACCAUCACUUCCACACUCCUUGGUCUGCUGUCUAUUCCUACCCCAAACCCUGGACCACAGUGUCCUGUUCCUGGACAAGGUUGAACCAGGUGUUUUUUUUUUUUUUUUGGAAGGGGGUUCUGGGUACAGGAAACGGGGGAGAUGAACCCUGUAGAAAUGACUGCUUCAGGUGCAGCAGCAGUUGCCAUAGUGUCUGCAUGCGUUACGCAUACAGCAGGGCCAGAACUGUAUUCAUCAUUUUUAAAUGUUUUAAAUCUUUUUUUAAAGAAACAUCCCUGUGUAUUAAUAUGCAGAUUAACUGUAGUGAUUUGAGGACUUAAUGUAUAACAAAGUGCAUUUAAAUAUUUCUUGUUUUCUUUUUAAUCCAAAUAUAGAAACCUUUUGAGCAGUUACUGCCUAUGCAGAUAAUAAACCCCAGUUAAGUACAGAAAACCUGGUGUGCAGUCAGUGCUUGCUCUAUCUGCUGUUUUUUUUUUUUUACAUUAAUUUAGUUUAAUUUUAGUGGUGAUGCCUCUGCUUGUCUGUGCUUUCAGCAUAAUACUGUCUUCACAGCUUCAUAUUAUACUAUCUUCCAGCCUUUUUAACAGACUCCAGGGACUAUGACAGCAGCUCCUACACAUUUGACUUUUUCCCCUUUUACCUUUUCUCGCCGAAGUCCCUGUUUAAAGGGACUUCACCUGCUUUGGUGCCCGUAAUAAUAAGAUAAUAUAAAUCUUUAUAUAUACUUUAGAAAGCUGACAUUUCCUUGUCCUCGCCUGACAGAAGAUAGUUUUUCUGGUACCUAAAUGUUUUUCUUCCAAUGCCCAUUGUGGAAUAGUAAUUGUAAUUAAUUGGUCAGAUGAUGGAAAUGUUUUCUAAAGUGAGUAAAAAGAUGAUUUCUCAAAUUAAAA